CCAGUGGCCUUGACACUGUCUCAGAGGGGCGCUGAGUGUGAGCUCAGGGCUGGCGAAUGCCUGGGGGAUGCCAUCAGAGGCCUCCCUCGGCUGCACCCCGCCCCUCCCGCAGGUCCAUAAAAGCCAAGGCGGCCCAGGGCUCCCCAGGUGCCCCGUCUUCUCCAUCCCCCAGCGCACACGCCCGUGUCAGGAGCUCUCCUUGCCAGCCUCGCUCAGCCACCAUGUCCAGGCAGUCCAGCAUCACUUUCCAGACCGGCAGCCGCAGGAGCUUCAGCACGGCCUCGGCCACCACCCCAGUGGCCGGCCGCUCCCGCUUCAGCUCCGUCUCCGUGGCCCGCUCCGCAGGAGGUGGUGCGGGGCUGGGCAGGAUGAGCAGCGCUGGGGCGGGCUUCGGGAGUCGCAGCCUCUACAACCUGGGGGGCACCAGGCGGGUCUCCAUCGGGGGGUGCGGCAGCAGCUUCCGAAGUGGCUUUGGUGGCAGGGCCAGCAGCGGGUUCGGGGUCAGCAGUGGAUUUGGCCAUGGGGGCACAGGCGGAGGAGGCUACGGGGCCUCGGGCUUCCCCGUGUGCCCCCCUGGAGGCAUCCAAGAGGUCACCAUCAACCAGAGCCUCCUGACUCCCCUCAACCUGCAAAUCGACCCUACCAUCCAGCGGGUGCGGAAAGAGGAGCAGGAGCAGAUCAAGACCCUCAACAACAAGUUUGCCUCAUUCAUCGACAAGGUGAGGUUCCUGGAGCAGCAGAACAAGGUCUUAGAGACCAAGUGGGAGCUCCUUCAGGAGCAGGGCUCCAAGACGGUGAGGCAGAACCUGGAGCCCUUCUUCGACACCUAUAUCAAUGACCUCCGCCGGCAGCUGGACAGCGUCACCACAGAGAGGGGCAGGCUGGACGCUGAGCUGAGGAACAUGCAGGACGUCGUGGAAGAUUUCAAAGUUAGGUAUGAGGAUGAAAUUAACAAGCGCACCACUGCCGAGAAUGAGUUUGUGGCCCUGAAGAAGGAUGUGGAUUCGGCCUACAUGAACAAGGUGGAACUGGAGGCCAAGGUCAACUCUCUGACUGAUGAGAUCAACUUCUUCCGGAUGCUCUUUGAGGCCGAGCUGUCCCAGAUGCAGAGCCAUGUCAGUGACACGUCCGUGGUGUUGUCCAUGGACAACAACCGGAGCCUGGACCUGGACAGCAUCAUCGCCGAGGUCAAGGCCCAGUAUGAGGAUAUCGCCAACCGCAGCCGGGCCGAGGCCGAGUCCUGGUACCAGACCAAGUACGAGGAGCUGCAGGUCACAGCCGGCCGGCAUGGGGAUGAUCUCCGAAACACCAAGCAAGAGAUCUCUGAGAUGAACCGGGUGAUCCAGAGGCUGAGAGCCGAGAUCGACAGCGUCAAGAAGCAGUGUUCCAGCCUGCAAACGGCCAUCGCUGACGCAGAGCAGCGUGGAGAGCUGGCCCUCAAGGAUGCACGGGCCAAGCUAGUGGAACUGGAGGAGGCCCUGCAGAAGGCCAAGCAGGACAUGGCCCGGCUGCUUCGCGAGUACCAGGAGCUCAUGAAUGUCAAGCUGGCCCUGGACGUGGAGAUCGCCACCUACCGCAAGCUGCUGGAGGGCGAGGAGUGCAGGCUGAGCGGAGAGGGCGUUUCUCCAGUUAACAUCUCUGUGGUCACCUCCACCGUUUCCAGUGGCUACGGCGGUGGCGGCAGCAUUGGAGGCAGAAGCCUGGGUCUCGGCGGGGGCAGCGGCUACUCCUUCACCACCAGCACUGGGCACAGCCUGGGUGCGGGCCUGGGCAGCUCCAGCUUCAGCGCCAGUAGCAGCCGGGGCCUUGGGGGCAGUGGCUCCGGUGUCAAGUUUGUCUCCACCACAUCCUCCAGCCGGAAGAGCUACAAGCAUUAA